AUGUCGCAUAUUCCUGUUCCCGCCGGCCUCCAAGAAGACUCAUUAGAGCACACAAUCGAAAUUCUCGCUAAGCAAUUCAACGACGAUGCAUUUCAACGCUAUAUUCUUCUGGACGAACUGCAAGGAUCAGGCAAGACAGACAUAGGAGAAGAGUUGAAUAAGGAGGUCUUUGCGUUUAUAGUGCCUGAUUUUUUAAAAGGCGGAGCGAGGAUGAUGACGGUUCCUGGGAGUGGUGUAGCUAGUGUUUGGCAGUUAGAAGAAGUCACAGAAACAUACACACCAGAACCGCACAAUCCACCUGCUGUAACCGAACUGAAUUCUCUCGCCCACCAUGCAAGGAAGCGCGCUCUACCACCUCAAGCAACUCAUAUGCUGCAUCUUGUUCUCUUAGCGAACGAUCGCAGUCAUCCUUCCGCUAUAAUGCCAGCCAAAGUGAGCGACCUCAUUCGUCCGGUACUUGAGAUGGCAAAGGAAAAAGGCUGGCCUGUAGUUCUGGAAUCCACGUCACCCAGGAGUAGGGAUGUGUAUGCGCAUUUGGGAUUCGAAACGUUGGAGGAGAUUACGGUGGGGAGGGGCAAGGCUGAUGGGGACGGAAGAGGGAAGGAUGGCGGUGAAGGGGUGAACAGACCCACCCACUCGCUUCCUGGUGACGCAACACGACAAAGCCUAACCAUUGAACCUCCUUCAACCGUCCUCACUGCUCAAUUUGUUGGCAUGAAGUACGGCGACACUCUGCGACAGAGGUCUAUACCAGAAUGGGGCCAUUAUAACAUCGACUACGACUACCUUAAAGACCUCAUCAAGCACCAGACGACGCCCGGCACGAACAAGGCCGUAUCGAUCCCAGGCCAGGGCGAGAGCACCGAGCGCGCAUUCGGAGACACCUUCUUCCAUGUCUUGUCGCAACAACACGAUCGCAUCAACCUCUUUGUUAGGAGCAAGAGCGGCGAGAUCGAGCGGAGGCUGGAGCAUAUCAGCAGGACCCUAGACCAGCUGCGCACAAGACGUGAUCCGGCGAGCGGGCGUCUUCCUGCGCGGACUGUAGAGAGAUAUGCGAAGAUUGAUGCAGAUGUCGCAAGGACCGGAGAGGAGAUCAGGUCGCUCUCUCGAUUCCAGGUGACCCAGCGAACAGGCUUCAUCAAAAUACUCAAAAAGUACAAGCGUUGGACAAAGGACAGGGAGCUCAGUUAUGUUUUUAAGCAGGAGAUUAGCGGUCGGCCGGAUAGUCUGUUCCAGCUUGAUCUGGGCUACCUCUUGGAUCAAUAUAUCGACGUGCUCGACGCACUCCGCUCCGCUUUUGAUGCGGAUGGUACCUCCACAUCCAACGCUGAGAACGCCAAUGGCCAGUCGUCGGCUGCUCGCAUAUCUAGAAUCCUUGAGAAGGGUGACGACCUAGAUUUUGACCUGGCACUGAACACCGUACCUCUGGGGUCCAAGGGCAACAAAGCAACGUAUUGGAUACAUCCGGACCACAUCGUUGAGGCACAGGUCCUGUUGCUCCAACAUAUGCGUCUAUACAUUAGCAAUGCGAGACAGAGAGGAUCUGUUAGAGGAACGCCUAUCCGCCGCCAUUCCUCUACAACUAAUCUUGACCCGUACUUCGGCAACGAAGAUACAACUGGGCUCGUUGUCUUGGACCACGCAGAAGCUUUCGCGUUCAAGCAAAACGCAAGCACAAUUGGAUCGACAGAAGAAUUGCAAGGGAGCAUCAGCAUUAAGGCGGCUGGCCAAAUACGGUGUUGCGCUACUGGCGAAGCUGCAGUCGUUAUAUGCACAGAGGCAGACUCACAAGGACAGUCUCCAGCUGCUAUCAAGACAACAAAGAUGGACCGCAAACGUUUGCCAGCCUUUUUGGACACUUCUGUAAAAGAAGACACCAUGAAGCACUCUGGGAGCUCGGACGGAUCAGCCAAAGAUGAUGCAUCGGCGGUUCGACAAUGGCUUGUUGAGCACCAAUCUAUGAAACCCAUCGCUGGUGCCGUCUCCAAACGUACACGAUUUACUGGACUGCACAACAACUCAACAGGAGGCACAUGGGCGACGCUAGAUAAAGAUGUUUGCCUGAAGGGCUCGUUGUACAAAGAUCUGGCAGAUGAUGAUUGGACUUCAGCAGCUCGAGGAGAAUCAACAAAGAAGUUUCCUCAUGCUAUUCUAGAGAUCCGACGUGAAGGCAACCAGGCAAUGGCGCUUAUCCAGACGCUUGAUCGGAGCCAUUUGGUUGAACGCGUUCGAGGAUUCUCAUUAGAAGCACAUGCUGUGUGGACUUGCUGCAAGCCCAGUGCCAUGUCCGCCCCUUUCUGGAUCUCCCUUCUCGAAAAGGAUAUCCGAAAGCUGCCAGAGCCAGUGAAGAAACGGAGCCGUAGAGCGCGAGGCAGCAUGACUGGCUCCCAAGUUCAACUAUCGCCUCCAGCAACUUCGACAUCCAACACCUCGUAUGAUGGUCAAUCCAGCCCGCUUGCCUCUCGUUACGAGGAAUCUUCUGCAACAUCGGUACACGAGUUUGUUGACCCGCCGCCAUUACAGGCCUUCAGAAAGAAGAGUCGGAGACCGUUUUCUGACUAUCCUCCACCGAUGAACCGGGACGAACCAGAACCAGAAGUACAGCAGAGGUAUUGGAACGAAUAUGAUCACCCAGAAGAUGAAGAGACUGGCUAUUACAUCUACGUCGACCCCGAUGCGCCUAUCAAGUAUCCUGGCCAAGACUUCGUCGAGGCGUUGACGAAGAAGACGAAGAAACUUUUCGGAAUGACCGACAAAGCUGACCAGGCAUCGCUUUCCACCGCCGAGGACUCAGAUGAUGACGAUGAUACGGUCGACUCAUCCCCCAUAAUACGUGCCGCAAACUAUGGAACAAUAGACUCCCACAGCCAGUCAGCAAGUCGAACCGGCUACUUCAGCACACUCUUCCGUUCCCUCCGCGAUCCCCGACAUGACGCUGAUUUGCUUCAUGAGCGUCGCACACUGCUCAGCCAGGUAGAGACUCAUCAACACAAGAUCGAAAUGACAAAACUGCGUUUCUACUCUACCGCACUGGGCGCAGCUGUUGUCAUAGACCUCAUCUUGGGCCUUAUGACAAUGACGAGUCGGAAAAAGGAACGAGGCGUUGUCGAUGCUGCAGUCUUGCUAGGUACUAUUUGUACACUGAUGCUUUGCGUCGUCGCGGUCAUUAGCAUGCGGACACGCCAGGACCGUGUGGGUUUGGUUCACCAGGGAGCUGUUUUGAGUAUCUCUGCUGCUAUUGUGGCGCUGGAUGUUUUGUUACUGUUAUGGGUAUUGCGGAUAUGA